GGCACUUGAAGUUACACCAGAUCUCUUUUUUCCAUCAGCUGAUCUUGAAAUCAAAGUCAAGAGCCAGAUACUUACUUGAUUGAAGGGUAUUUUCAAUACAGGCAAAUUAUUGAGCUGUCAUUGCACAAGUCUAACAUCAUUAGCUUAGCAGCCAAAUACACAGUCUUGGGACCUUGUGAUAAAAUAUGCAGCCACAGUCCUAUCAAUCGGACAAAAUAGCAAUUUCCACUGCGAAAACCAGCACAAGCAGUGCAGCUGAGAGCUCUCCUGGCUGCUACCUGAUUGUGCACAACGUCAGCAAACGCCACAACAUUGGCACGCUUGUGCGCAGCGCCGCAGCCUUUUCAGUGACCGAAGUGUGCCUGGUAGGUGCCAGGCAGUUCAACACCUUUGGCAGCCACGGCUCAGCAGACUAUGUGAACUACCGCCACUUUCCCAGCCUCCAGGAGUGCUGCCACUACCUCAAACAGGACAAAGGAUGCCGAAUAAUGGGGGUGGAGAUCGCAGAGGACGCGCAGCCUAUACAUGCACACCCAUUCAGCGGCCCCACAGCCUUCAUGCUGGGAAAUGAGGGGAGCGGGCUGUCGCCACAGCAGGUGCAGCUAUGCGACGCAUUUGUGUACAUUCCGCAGUACGGCGCCGGCACGGCAUCUCUGAAUGUAACAGUGGCGGCUUCAAUUGUGCUGCAGCACUUUGCGGCCUGGGCAGGGUACGCAGAGCGCCCGCGGUCCGGCGCCAAAUACGACGUCGGGGAGCGGCCGCCGCGCACCGGCGCACGAGGGACUGUGCCUCUAACGGAGGAGGAGAGGGCGGCAGAGCGUGAGCGCAGGCUGAAAAAGAAAGCAGCAGCCAACGGGCAUGACGUACUGCAAGGCAGCGAUGGACCCCUGCUGGAUGAUCUAAUGGAUGCAGCUGAAGAGGAGUGACCAUGUUACACACAGUCUGCUUGUUUACUGAAGUGUUGCUUUACAACAGACUGAAGACGUAUCGUCUGUCACAGAUAUUCUAUUGUCGCCAGAAACCAAUGAGCCACUAGGGCAUGCUGCAUGCAUUGCUACCUGUGCCUUACUGAACUCCAGAUAAUCCACACAGAGCUGUACCGCACAUUAUGAAACUCUGCUUUCCCAGG